GGGGGGACGAUGAUACUUAAUGCAUAAUUAAUCACCCUUUCUGACAUAGAGAGAGUGAGUGAACUGGGAGGUGGGUGGAUUGGACCGGGCAGGUGAUUGGAGUAGAGUGAGUGGACAGGUUAGAGGAAAAAGAAAAGAAAAACUAGAGAAGAGGGAGAGAGGAGAGAAGUGAUGGAAAAUUAAGAGGAGAAAGAAAAUGAGAAGGAAGAAGGAAAGUGGCAAUGCAUCGUAGUUUCAAUCUGCGACCACAUUAGUGGUGUGUCAUCCUAAUAAACACACCACUGGUACAUGGGCUCCAUAGGUGCAUCCAUAUGCGGACCCAUCGAUUCUAUUGGUGGCGUUAAUCAUUUGGAAGGCACACCGGUUAACUCACUACCUGCGGCGUGUAGAAAUGUGUCACGCCACCAGUGGGGCCUGGAGGGGGUCCACGGGUGGCCCCACUGACAGAUUAGUGGUAUUACUUGUUCAGCAGAAACGUCAGUAGUAAAACAACUAUUGGUGGCAUGUAGAAGUGUGACACGCCACUAGUAUGUGGAGCCCAUAGGUGGGACUGACUUUUAAAUAGUGGUGGCACAUAUCUUACCUAGUGCUCGCCACCAGUAUAACCAAUAUUGGUGGCAUUGAUCAUCCCACACCAGUGAUGCAAGAAUAUUGGUGGCGUGGCCAUAUAUAGCUGGUCCGCUAAUAUUUUCCGCCGGGGUGUGCAUCUGGGUCCUACAUACUAUUGGCACUGCACUUUUGAAUACACUCCACCGGUAUGUGUUGAGUGAAAUUGAACGCUACAACUUAUACCAGUGGUGCGGUGAUAUUUAGAAACGACAUCAACUUAAUGCCACAUGUACCUCAUUGUGAUUGAUGAUAUAUGGGAUAAAGAAUUGUGGGACAUUAUCAACUUGGCAUUCUCUAGCAGUAACAAUUUUGGCAGUCGGCUAAUCACAACAACUCGUAUAGUGAGUGUAGCUAAAUUAUGCAGCUCAUCUACUCAUGACUCAAUUUAUCAAAUGACACCUCUUAGUGAUGAUGAUUCCAAAAGGCUCUUCUACAAAAGGAUAUUUUCCCACGAGAGUGAAUGUCCCCAUGAAUUUAAAAAUGUUUCCAUAGAUAUAUUGAAGAAAUGUGGAGGAGUGCCAUUAGCAAUCAUUAAUAUAGCAAGUCUUUUGGCUAGUGAUGGGCUGGUAAAACGAGAGGAUGAAUGGCAUGUUUUGCUUGAGUCCAUCGGUCGUGGACUUAAAGAAGACCCCAAUGUAGAGCAAAUGUUGAAGAUACUAUCCUUUAGCUAUUAUGAUCUGCCUUCUCAUCUGAAAACAUGUUUAUUAUAUCUAAGCAUGUUCCCAGAGGACUGCGAAAUCAGAAAAGAUCAGUUGAUAUGGAUGUGGAUAGCCGAAAGUUUUGUCCAACCUGGAAAAGAAAAAAUUAGUCUCUUUGAGAUGGGAGAAACUUAUUUCAAUGAGCUUGUGAACAGAAAUAUGAUCCAGCCGGUAUAUUCUAAUUUCCCAGUGGGCCAGGUAUAUGCUUGUCGUGUGCAUGAUAUGGUUCUCGAUUUAAUUUCUUCCUUGUCAAGGGAGGAAAACUUUGUUACUAUAUUGAAUGGUACUGCUGAGUCUGACAGCAUGUCUUCUGAGCGGAAAUAUCGCAGAAUGUCCCUCCAAUAUGCUAGAAAAGAAGAGCUUGAAACCACACCUCCCAAAUCUGUGAGUGUAUUACAAGUGAGGUCCAUUGCUGCAUUUAAACCUGGUAUUGAUCUAAUGCCACCAUUCUCGAGCUUUAGUGUUUUACGUGUCUUGGACUUGACUGGAUGUAAUCUUGGAGGUCACGGUAAUCUUCACCUUCAGGAGCUGGGAAGUUUACUUCACCUGAGGUACCUAGGUCUAGCUGAAACAGGAAUUUCUGAACUCACGGAAGAAAUUGGAAAGUUGCAGUUUUUGCAGGUGCUAGAUCUGAGAGAAAAUGAGAUAGAAGGGCUUCCAUACAGUCUUAUUAAGCUUGGAAAAUUGAUGUGCCUACUUUUUUUCCGUAGUUGCAAGAGGCUUCCAGAUGGGUUGGGAAACCUGUCAUCGCUGGAAGUGCUGAGUAAGAUCCAUGUUGACUCUGUAAGCACCGUGAAUGAGCUCGGACGCAUGGUAAAUUUGAGGAACCUUGAUAUUGAGUUUGAUAAUGUGACACCUGAGUUGGAGGAAGCUUUUGUGGAGUCACUAGGUAAACUGUCCAACAUCCAGAGUAUACAAAUUCGCACCUAUAAUGCUAUAUCAAUGCAUACGUUGGGGGAACGUUGGGUGCCCCCUCGAAGUCUCCGUGAAUUUUCCCCAGGAAGAGGCAUCAAAUUCUGCACACUGCCAGCAUGGAUAAAAAAUAAUCCCUCACGUAUGUCGCACCUUUCCAGGAUAGACAUCCGUGUCGGGGAUUUGAAGCAGGAGGAGCUGGAAUCGCUUGGAAGUUUACCGUCUCUUGAUGAGCUCACCUUAUUUACCCACCGCUCAGGGCUGCUAGUCAUCCGUGCUAAUGGGUUCCGCCAGCUAUUAUCCUUCGUAGUUCUUUCCGGGACGCCCGGCCACAUUGUGUUCCAACCAGAAGCUAUGCCUAAGGUUCAGAUGGUUUAUAUCUCUAUCAGUUUGCGGGUCGCCAAAGAGGAAGCAGCUGCCAACGCUGGUGAUUGGUUUGAUCUGCGCAUGGGGAAUCUGUCAUCCCUCCGGGAUGUCGCAGUCAGUGUCAAAAGUUCUGGAGUGACGGUCGGGGAGGCCAAGCAAGCGAAGGCUGCGCUGGAGAACUCACUCCGUGCGCAUCCUAAUCGGCCCACCAUUUCUGUCCACAUGUAUCCGCCCAUACCACAAGGUACGUUUCUAAAAAGGAAAAUACUCCUUUCCCCCGAUCACGCGUUCGCUUCCUCCGCCUCCUACACGCGACGCGUGUCCGCGCAGUUAUAGCCAUGGGCCCACCUUAUCUUUCUAGCUGCAUCUUCAUCAAUCUCCAAUUUUCCUCGUCUGGUUCGGUGCUUCUCGCACCACCAUGGCCACACGCUGCCGCUGUCCGUCCUCCCGCCUCCUCCUCCGCCUCUUCAGUGUGUUGCUGCGAGGGGCGCCGGCCGUAGCUGCGAUACGCGCCGCCGGCCGCUGCUGCGAAUCCCGCUGCCUCGCCAUGGACAUGCUGCAGACGUGGGUGGUCGGAAGAGGUGGUUGCUGCCAUCGGGCAUCGGCGGCUUGCCUUGCUGCUUGGCGGCUGUGCUGCCAGCGGCGGCCUGCAUUGCUACAAUGGGAGGCCGGACUUGCUACAAGGAGUUGGCAGCGUUGCUACCAACGGCGGAGGCACUUGCUGCUUCCGGCGAGCGGAGGCGGUUGCUGCCAGCGGCGGCCGGCAUUGCUACAAAGGAAGGCCGGACUUGCUACAAGGAGUUGGCAGCGUUGCUACCAACGGCGGAGGCACUUGCUGCUGCCGGCGAGCUGAGGCGGUUGCUGCCAGCGGUGGCAGACAUUGCUACAAAGGGAGGCUGGACUUGCUACAAGGAGUUGGCAGCAUUCCUACCACCGGCGGAGGCAGUUGCUGCUUCCAGCGAGCGGAGGCGGCAGUCUCGUCGGACUUCAUCCAUUUUUACUACUCUAGUUGCAUCAUCGGGGCUCCAUGCGUUCGCAGAGACGACGAUGGAUUUUUUCCUUCUUUUCCCUGCUGGGUAUGUAGAUGGGGUCCACCCACGUGGUGGCGGUGGACAAAAUAUCUUCCCCUGCAUGUCGUUGUUGAUCGGACGGAUGCGCACGUUAAGUUGACUCGAUCGGUGGGCGUGCGAGGCGGGGGACGCUCAGUACUACCCUUUCCAAAAAUCUUUGAUGCUAAUUUCCUUGCUUUAACGAUUUUAUGCAUGCAUAU